ACGACCUGGAGACCAAUGACAAUGUGCGGAUGACUCUGGAUGACCUGCAGAUGCCCAGAGUGGAGUACAAGGAGAUCAACAUCGAGGAUUACACCCUCACCAUGCAGAUCCUCAAGCCCGCCAGCUUUGUGGACACAGCACACUACCCCCUGCUGCUGCUUGUCGAUGGCACCCCCGGUGGCCAGAUGGUGUCGGAGCGCUUCGAGCUGGACUGGCCCACGGUGCUGGUGAGCAGCUUCGGGGUCAUCGUGGUGCGCUUCGACGGGCGCGGGCAGCGGCUUCCAGGGCACCAACCUGCUGCACCGCAUCCAGAAGAAGCUGGGCGUGUUCGAGGAGAGGGACCAGCUGGAGGCCCUGAGUAUCAUAUCGAGAGAACCGUACAUUGAUAAGACCAGGAUCGGAGCUUAUGGAAAGGUAAAGGGUGUUUUGUAUGCCGGAACAUUCC